AUAACUUUUGAGUCACUUCACCAUGACUCUCUCCAUUCUAUUCGUGUCUUUGCUCGCCAAAGUGCACAUUUUUGGGCCAUGACAACCCAAACUGUCUUCUUGAACAUUCCUGUCUCCGUUUGUUGAUUGGUUCUAACAAGAGUGAGUGAGUGAGAGCGAAAGAGACCUUUAGAUAUGGCUUUUGUGUUCUCCAGCAAGUUCAAGGCCAUGAUAAACACUACUUUCCUUCUAUUGUUGUGUUUCUUCUUCACCACCCACAUCAGAUCUCCUUCCCCUUCUUUCAACCUUGCAACCCUUAAGGCUCCUAAGGGAGAUGGCUGCGUAGGCCUCCAAAACCAGAAAGACCAUCACUCCAGAUGCCUAUACCUCAAGACCCACAUCCCAUGCGUCUCUCAAGGUUAUGUCAACUAUCUCCAUAUCUUCUAUUGUAUUUGCGGGCGAUAUCCUCCUUUAGGAUAUACCCUCCUGGCCCUUUGGCUACUGGUCUUGUUCUACAUCUUAGGAAACACAGCUUCUCACUACUUCUGCACCUCUGUGGAGAGCCUGUCGAGGGAGCUGAGGCUAUCACCAACCAUAGCUGGGGUUACACUCCUCUCGCUGGGCAAUGGCUCGCCCGACGUGUUUGCGAGCAUCGUCUCCUUCCGGUCGGGCUUGGGGGAGGUGGGGCUGAGCAGCGUCCUCGGCGGCGCUUUCUUCGUGUCAUGCGUGGUGGUAGGCAUCAUCCACGUCUGCGGCGCGAGCUCGGGCUCGAGAGCGGCGCGCAUCGACCGGGCAUGCUUCGUGCGCGACGUCUGCUUCUUUGUGCUCGUGCUUUCCUCCCUCCUCGCCAUCCUCCUCGUCGGCCGCGUCAACCUUUGGGGGGCCAUGGCCUUCAGCUCGCUUUACUUCGUCUACGUCUCCAUCGUCUCAGCCACCCACUUUUGCCGCGAGAAGUAUGAGGACCUCGACGUCCCGAUCCUCGACGACGAGAAGCUCCAUGAGCCCGUAUCCAUCACCAAAGAGUCCCCUCCAGAUGCCAACCAGCUGCAACAGAAUCCAUCAGGGUACUCCAGGUUUAGAGAAGCUGUGUGCUACUACGUGGGUUGGUUUCUAUACCUCAUCGACAUGCCUUUGUACCUUCCAAGGAGGCUGACGAUACCCGAUGUGUCCGAGGAGAGGUGGUGCAGGCCAUUCGCAGUGGCCUCGGCCACAUUUGCUCCACUUCUAGUGGCAACACUCUGGAAUUCAAAGAGAGGAGGAAUGGGCACCAACGAAGGGCUGACCAUAUACUUGUAUGCAGGACUCGUGGGUUUGGUGUUGGGGAUCAUUGCACUCCACACCACAAAGAAGACUAACCCACCGAAGAAGGUACUCUUCCCAUGGUUAGCAGCAGGGUUUCUGAUGAGUGUGUUAUGGACUUACAUCAUAGCUGAGGAGUUGGUGGGGCUUUUGGUCUCUUUGGGAUACAUCUUCGGGAUAAAUCCUGCGAUACUGGGGCUAACCGUUCUUGCAUGGGGGAACUCCAUAGGGGACCUGGUAGCAAAUGUGGCCAUGGCCAUAAAUGGAGGCCAGGAUGGGGCCCAGAUUGCCAUAUCUGGGUGCUAUGCGGGACCCAUUUUCAAUACCUUGGCUGGGUUAGGGCUGUCGCUGGUGGUCUCGGCCUGGGGGGUGCACCCCGAGCCAUUUGUGAUUCCACUGGGGCCAGCGUUGUUUGAGAUUCUAGGGUUUAUGAUAGGGGGGCUGCUGUGGGCUCUGGUGAUACUGCCAAGGAAGGACAUGAAGCUGGACAGGGUGUUGGGCGUCGGGCUCUUGGCUAUCUACUUGUGCUUUCUGUCUUUGAGGCUGUCUCAGAGCCUUGGGCUGGUGCAAGUUUGAGGACCAUUUAUCUCUGUCACUUUGUUUUUGAUCAUUCCUCUUCCGAUUGUGACCUUAAGAGGUUUGUAUGUUCUUGAGAGGGAAUUUUACUCAACUCUCUUGGAUAUAUAAGUAACUGCA